AUGCAGGUCAUGCCAGACGACGGUUCGGUCGACGCCGAGUUCGACCCGACGAGCGUGGAGAUACCCCUUCCGCCGCCGUCGCAGACCUUCUCCUCCUUCGACGCCCUCUUCGCCUUCCUGCAGGGCUUCCACCGCGACAACGGCGCGGCCCUGGUCAAGCGCCGCUCCGGCAACAGGCGCAUGGUCGACGGCGUGUCGACCGUCACGCAGUACUGGCUCAUCUGCGACCGCGGCCACAGCCGGCCCUCGAGCGCGCGGGGCAUCCGCCAGGCCACGACGGCCAAGACCGACUGCCCCGUCGCCAUCAGCGCCAAGACGAGCCAGAAGCUCGGCUGGCUGUGGGUGUACGACUGCCGGGGCAGCCACAACCACCCGCCCUCGCUCGACCCCAGCGCCCACGCCAUCCAUCGGAGGCGCACCGCCGAGCAGAGGAGCCUCGCCGACCGCCUCGUCAAGAACGGGUCCGUCAAGGCCAGCGACAUGCGCUCCAUCAUGCAGGACGUCGCCGGCAGCCCGACCUUCUUCACACCAAAGGACAUCUACAACGACAGGCAGAAGCUCAAGCGUGCUGCCUCGACGCUGUCCGUCGGGGCUGGCGGGCUCGAUCCCGCCACCGGUCACGCUGCUGAUGAUGCCGGUGCUCGUGCCAGUGCUCGUGCCAGUGCUCGUGUCAGUGCAUAUAUUUACGGUGCUGCUACUCCUAUCGGUGCUGUUGAAUCCUCCUCCUCGUCUAUACCGAUGACAGAACCUCGACAACCGACAGAAUGA